AUGCUGUGGGCCACUGCUCGGAUUUUCUCAGCCGACAGGACUGCUUUCGUAGUCGCCCCUUUCAGCCCGGGGGCCGCCACUUUGCUGGGCCCGAACGCGAAAAGGAAGGCCUUUUGUGUCUGGGUGAAGAUCAGCUUCAAAGAUGAAGGCAUGUGGAGAGUCGCCAUUUUUACAAAAGUCGAGGCCGGAAUGACUUUCGAGAGGGAAGAAGCUCCAACAGCUGCAGUGGCCCCAGCCCCCAUGGCUACAACGGGCUUAUCGGCCAAAAUCCAUUUUUUCCCACCAUUGUUAAGGAAUUCACCAUCUUCGAAAGUGGGCGUGGGCAAGGAUGGCGUGCGACUUGUCCUCCAUUGGGAGGUCACAGAACUCGCAAUUGUUCGAGACCGAGUUUUUCAGCAGCAUUUGGCCGGCAUUAUUAAGGGCGAUCCUCAAACCCUCGACGGCGAUUUGAAACGCGUAAACUUCCGAGAGAAUUCGGUUGUUGAUAUUUUCGCCCUUGUUGACGUCGUAGAACAUUUUCUGAGCGGAGGCCAGUGCCAUUUUCAUAGACGGGAUUUCGAUGAAUAUGUCGUGCAAGUCCACCAGCAAUGGGUACACGGAUUUUGCAAACUGGGGGACCGAGUAAUUGUCUUCAGGCCGGAUAUUAUUCUCGCAUUCAGGGACGACAACAACUUCACCAUCCGAGACUGGACAGCGUCUGUUGCAAUAUGGAAAGCCUUAGAUGAUAAUGAGACAUUUGCUGGGCUUCCCAUUUUUCCCGAGGCUAAGCCGCUCGGUUGCAGCCCAAACGGGCUAUGGAAGCCAGUAGCUCCUAAAUUCAGAGACUCCCUUUCUUCUAAAUCCAGAUCACAUUCGCUUGUGCUGCAAUUCACAAAAGGCGACUCGAGAAUCAAGAAUGAGGCCCCAACCUCAUCUGCAGCCUUCUUGGCGGCCGUGAAGUGGCCAUUAAAGCUCACGCCGAAAAUCUCCCUCAGCACCAGGUUUCCGGCCACAUCCUCAUACUUCUCCCGGUUGACCUUGACCUCGAAAACCGAUGUGGGAACGCUAUCCUCGUCCAAACAUUUGUCAUCAUCUUUCGACCCGUUUUUACAGUCUUUCAGUAAUUUCUCCCGGGCCUCCGGAUUGCUCGAGGGUCCGACCUGGACAACAACGGCGUCCGGAUUAACCUCUCGAAUCAGAUACUCGGCGUCAAGGGCAGACCUUUCCGACAGAUUCUGGGCCGAGAGGACGUAA